CACACAGGAAGGUCACACCAUCCCUCACCAUCAUCAGAGUGGAAAUCUUGGGGAUUAUAAUAUUGUUGUUAAAGAAGAGGGUGAGGAGUAUGGACUAAUAGAGGAGUUUUCUGAAGGACACAAGAAUCUCUACAAGGACAUUAUGAUUGAAUCUUCUAGUAACAAAAACCCACCAGAGAUAUAUCCCCGUCCUCUGUAUUCCCAACAGGAAGGUCACACCAUCCCCCACCAUGAUAAGAGUGGUAUCCUCUGGGAUGAUAAUAUUGUUGUUAAAGAAGAGUAUAAAGAGGAGGAUGAGGAGUAUGGGUAUGAAGGACACAAGGAUCUCUACAAAGACAUUUUGAUGGUGCCACCUAAUAACAGAAACCCCCCAGAGAGAUGUCCCCAUCCUCUGUAUUCCUGGGAUUCCACACAGGAAGGUCACACCAUCCCUCACAAUUAUCAGGGUGAAGAUCUGAUCAAUAUGAAAGUUGAGGGUGAAGUAGAAGAGAUGUAUGUGAGGGAUGAUCAGCAAUAUACGGAGGGGGCUGGAGUGAUGAGGACAUUCAAAGAGGAGGACACUCCAACAGAGAUCAGCACAGGUCAUGCCAUUAAGAAGCCCUCAAAGGACUAUCUCACUUCAUCUCCAGGUUGUAAAAUUGAAGAUGAGGACAUCAUAAGAGAUUGUGCAGGAGAAAAGACAAUGAGCUCAGCUAUGGAUGGAGGACUUCACAGUGUGGAUAGACCAUCAAAUCCCUCUGACUCUGCACGACCUCAUUUUGUGGGGGAUGGUGCCGGAAUUCAGGCGGAAGAGAAAUUUUCCUGUCCUGAAUGUGGGGAAAGUUUUAGUUCUGAAUUAAGUCUUACUAUACAUCAGAGAUCUCACGCGGGUGAGAAGCUUCAUUCCCGUCCUGAGUGCGGGGAAUGUUUCCUUGAUAAAUCAGGAUUUGUCAUAUAUUGCAGAUCUCACACAGGUGACAAGCCAAAUUCCUGCCUCGCGUGUGGGAAAUGUUUUACGAGGAAAUCAGACCUUGUUAGGCAUCUGAGAUGUCACACGGGUGAGAAGCCAUAUUCCUGCCCUGAGUGCGGGAAAUGUUUUUCACAGAAAUCAGGCCUUGUUAUACAUCAGAGAUUGCACACAUGGGAGACGCAGAAUUCCUGCCCUGAAUGUGGGAUGUGUUUUACAAAGAAAUUGGAUUUUGUUAUACACCAGAGAUCUCACACGGGGGGGAAUUUGUAUUCCUGCCCUGAGUGCGGGAAAUGUUUUAUACACAAAUCAGUCCUUGUUAAACAUCAAAGAACCCACACAGGGGAGAAACCAUAUUCCUGCCUUGAGUGCGGAAAAUGUUUUUCACAAAAAUCAGGCCUUGUAAUACAUCAGAGAUAUCACAUGGAGGAGAAGCCGUAUCCCUGCCCUGAUUGUGGGAAAUGUUUUACACGGUUGUUCUAUCUAUCCACACAUCAGAAGGUUCACACUGGUGAGAAGCCGUAUUCCUGCCCUGAGUGUGGAAAAUGUUUUUCACAAAAAUCAGGCCUUGUUGUACAUCAGAGAUCUCACACAGGGGAAAAGCCAUAUUCCUGCCCUGACUGUGGGAAAUGUUAUAUGAAGAAAUCGUACCUUGCCAUACAUCAGAGAUCUCACACGGGGGAGAAACCGUAUUCCUGUUCUGAGUGCGGGAAAUGUUUUGCACGGAAAUCCAUCCUUGGUAUACAUCAGAGAUUACACACGGGGGAGAAGCCACAUUCCUGCACUGAAUGUGGGAAAUGUUUUAUAGAUAAAUCACACCUUGUUAAACAUCAGAGAUUUCAUACGGGAGAAAAACCGUAUUCUUGCCCUGUGUGCGGGAAACGUUUUUCAGAUAAAUCACACCUUGUUUGCCAUCAGAGAUCUCACACAGGGGAGAAACCACAUUCUUGCCCUGAGUGCGGGAAAUGUUAUUCACGCAAAUCAGACCUUGUUAUACAUCAGAAAUGUCACAGUGGGGUGUAGGGAAGAGUAGACCCUUCCUGGGUUUAUUUCCCGGGAGGUUAACUAAACUGCCCCUAAGUUCUAAAUGUUAAUCCGAAUCCCACCAAAGUCAAUGGGAGUAGAAUUUUUUUUAAUCGAUUCAGGCCAUUUUUAAGGCAAAUAGGCAAAAAACUGUCAAAGGGCAUGGGGAGCUGGGCACUGCCCUGGGAGAUAUCGAGAGGUAUAUUAGAAAACUACAGAUCUGCCUAACAUCAAUAGUAUGUAAGGUAUUUGAGGGAAUGGUAAGGGACUCCAUAGUAUAUAGAAAUAUGUCUGUUAUAAAGGUAUCAUAAGUGACAACCAGCAUGGAUUUAUGAAUAACCGUUCUUGUCAGACCAACCUGUUAUGGUUCUAUGAGGCAAGAAUUUCGAUAUUUGAUCGUGGAAGUCCAGUGGACAGACAGUAGUUUAUCAAGACUGUAUACCUUUUAUAACUGUUUAAUCUGUAAAAUAAAGUCUGUUGGAGAUGA